CACACCCAUAUUGACCCCACAUUCUACCUCGGGUUGACAGGCUUAGUUGGUGGUCAGUCAGUCACUCCUGAUCAUCACGAAGUGACAGCAGUCACAAGCAUGGCAGCACUGGUGGUGGAGAUCAACUCUCAGGUGGCACUCUUCAGGGAUCUCUUAAUAUGUGUGGGUCAGGCAAGAGACGGUCCUGAACUUCGUGAACGCAUCCGUAAAGUUCGUCGCCAGUGUGUUGACACAUGUAAACACGCCUCGCAGCUCCUCCUUCCUGGCAUCAAGAAUGACGUGGCUGAGGGCAUCCCAGUAGACAACCAGAACUUCGUGCACCUGGUCGCCUGCACUCAGCUCAUCUCCAGGGAACUUCGCAAGUGCAAGAGACUCGUCCAGACAAUGCCUGUCGACAUGACUGAGUACUACGAGAACAAGCCUGGUCCUUCAGGCAUGGGAGGUCUUGGAGUGAUCUCCCAACUGCUGCUCUGCAAGACCUUGCAACCUGACUUUCAACAGGAGGAGAUCUGCAGUAUAGAGAAGGACAGUGAUGACAUCCUUGCCAUCCUGAAGGAGAUGCAGGAGUACAUGCCACAGGAGGAGGCAGGCUCGAGGAACCUGGCACUGACAGGGGAAGAUAUGUUCAGUAUUUGGAGCAAGAAGAGAACUCGACGCUCCCUCUACCGCAACAUGAGUUCCUUAUGUUGCACAUGCAAGCCUGCAUACUUGUAAUACGCCAAAGUCUAGUUCUUCAGCCACUCCACCACGCCCACGCCCGUUGCCAACACCCUCACCACGCCCACGCCCUUUUACAAAACUUUCCUUCCCCAACUUAAUUCCUGACCGUCCUGGUCAGUCGAUUCACUAGACAAUUCAUAUACUAGUUAAUUGAUGCAUUAGUCAAUUGAUGCAUUAGUCAGUUGAUACAGUCAAUUGAUGCAUUAGUUAAUUGAUGCAUUAGUCAGUUGAUGCAUUAGUCAAUUGACGCAUUAGUCAACUGAUGCAUUAGUCAAUUGAUGCAUUAGUCAAUUGAUGCAUUAGUCAAUUGAUGCAUUAGUCAAUUGAUGCAUUAGUCAAUUGAUACAGUAUUUAACUGAUACAUUAAUCAACUGAUGCAUUUGUAAUUCAUACAUAAAUCAAUUGAUACAUUAGUCCAUUGAUCAAUUGAUGCAUUAGUCAACUGGUGCACUAGUCAGUUGAGGAGGGUGUCCUGUAUCAGAUUAAACCAGUGUAUGGUUUAUAAAAACCUUCUUAUUGGCAGCUUAAGGUAACAGCUUAGUCCAAGCGUAAGGUAACAUGGGAAGAAAUCUCAAGCUUUCCAAACUUUCCGAAACAAUAUUUUUUGAUUCAUGGGGAAAGGCUGAACUCAUGACGGUCAUGUAGUGCCUGGGGAAUGGGAGGCAGUCAGGUUUGAUUCGAGGAAGGGGAGGGUAGCUCCACUUCCUUAGAUCAAGAGCCUUUCGUCAGCAUCAAGGCAUUCCGAUCGUCCUUGAAAGAGUUAAACAAUCUCGCCCUCACCAAACAAGGUCAAAUUACCCAAGGCAUCCCACUCUCUACCCUACUCAAGGCAUCACACUUUCUACCCUACUCGAGGCAUCCCACUCUCUAUCCUAAGCAAGGCAUCCCACUCUCUAUCCUACCCAAGGCAUCCCACUCUCUAUCCUACUCAAGGCAUCCCACUCUCUAUCCUACUCAAGGCAUCCCACUCUCUACCCUACUCAAGGCAUCCCACUCUCUACCCUACUCAAGGCAUCCCACUCUCUACCCUACUCAAGGCAUCCCACUCUCUACCAUACUCAAGGCAUCCCACUCUCUACCCUACUCAAGGCAUCCCACUCUCUACCAUACUCAAGGCAUCCCACUCUCUACCCUACUCAACUUUCUACUUACAGAAUUUUUGAUAAUUCUCAUCUGUAUCAACAUAUUGUGAUUUGCAUAUUCACUUUUUUUUACACAGGAUCUUGACUGUCACACCUUAUCCAUUACUUUACAGAGUAACUCUAAAC